AUGCCCUCGCAGUCGUCUCAAUCGCCAUCAAAUUCAUCCCCGAACCUCAAGCGCAAACAACCCUCCAUCGCAAGUUUUUUCGGGAAAAGACCACAGACAACCGAGAAGGAUCCGCACAAUGGCGCCAGCGAACAGCAAGAACGGGGCAAUGGUAUCAUUGAAGCCAGUUCUCAAGAGAAAGAGAAUAAGAACACAACGCAUGUCAUGGAUGAUGAAGACGAAGAUAUAGUGGUACCUGCCGCAAAACGGUCCAAAAGAAACGGAGCUCCCUCAGAAGACGAGGCCAAAACCUCUGCCCAACCUGCCCCAACCCAGCCAGACCGAACGUCAUUAUUGAACAGCAGCCAACGAACUGAGAUAUUCCGAUUCGCGAGCUCGCCGGCCGCCGUCCCGGAGAAAGAAGAAGACAACAGAUCAAACGAGGAGGAUAGGGAGCGACGGAAAGAAAGGGAGAAGCUACAUAAGCAGUUUGUUCAGAAGCUGGGUGGUCCGGAUUGCCUCAUCGGGAUUGGCAGACAUGCUGCCAAAGAGGCUUCUGUCGCGGCAGAUGAGGCUGGGGAGGGCGAUGAAGAAGAGGAACCUACCCCAGCCCCUCCGACUAAAGGAAAGGCCACAGCAAAGAAAGGUGGAAGCAAACUGACACCGAUGGAGAAACAAGUUAUCCAGAUCAAGCACAAGCACAUGGACACAAUAUUAGUGGUCGAAGUUGGCUACAAGUUUCGGUUCUUUGGCGAGGAUGCGAGGGUGGCUGCGAAGGAGCUGAACAUCGUUUGCAUCCCAGGGAAGUUCAGAUAUGAUGAACACUCCUCGGAGGCGCAUCUGGACCGGUUUGCAUCCGCCAGUAUACCAGUACACAGACUCCAUGUUCACGUGAAACGACUUGUUUCUGCUGGGCACAAGGUUGGGGUAGUUCGGCAAGUGGAAACAGCUGCUCUGAAGGCUGCUGGGGAUAAUCGCAACGCCCCCUUUGGCCGCAAGCUCACCAAUUUGUACACAAAAGCAACUUAUAUUGAUGAUGUUGAGGGGUUGGAGGGACCCACGCAUGCGACAUCUAGUGGCGCUUCUUUAGCAACUGGCUAUAUGCUUUGCAUCACAGAGACUAAUGCGAAAGGCUGGGGAAACGAUGAGAAGGUGCAUGUAGGCAUUGUUGCUGUCCAGCCGGCAACGGGAGAUAUCGUAUACGAUGAUUUCGAAGAUGGAUUUAUGCGAAGUGAAAUUGAGACCCGGUUACUUCACAUCUCGCCUUGUGAAGUUCUCAUUCUAGGGGAACUGUCCAAGGCUACCGAAAAGCUUGUACAGCAUCUUUCGGGCGGCAGGACAAAUGUCUUCGGUGACAGCAUCCGUGUUGAGAGAGCGCCAAAAUCGAAAACGGCGGCAGCAGAAUGUCACAGUCACGUUUCUAGCUUCUAUGCCGGAAAAAUGAAGACGGCUGAUGCCGUGGACGAUGAGGUGUCGAGCGCCCUGCUCCAAAAAGUGCUCAAUUUACCUGAGCAGGUAACGAUCUGUCUCUCCGCGAUGAUCGAGCAUCUGACGGAAUACGGUCUGGAGCACGUUUUCCAGCUGACGAAGUAUUUCCAACACUUUUCGUCUCGGUCACACAUGCUGCUCAAUGGCAACACUUUGGUUAGCCUCGAGAUCUACCAAAACCAAACCGAUCAAUCUACAAAAGGCAGUCUCUUCUGGACACUCGAUCGGACACAGACUCGCUUUGGGCAGAGGCUACUUCGGAAAUGGGUAGGACGUCCACUUUUAGAGAAAGCGAGGCUUGAAGAAAGGAUCGAUGCCGUUGAAGAGCUGAAAAACACAGAAAGGAUCGCUAUGGUAGAGCGUAUUAAAGAGUUGUUGGGACGAGUGAAGAGCGAUUUAGAGAAAAGCUUGAUACGGAUAUAUUAUGGGAAGUGCACACGUCCGGAACUUCUCACUGUCUUGCGGACAUUGCAGAUGAUUGCCCAGGAGUUUGCUGAUUUCCAGACCCCAGCGGAUACUGGAUUUUCAUCGACCGUCGUUAGCGAGGCAAUCGCGUCUUUGCCCACCAUUUUGAAGGAAGUUGUGUUCUUCCUCGAUAAAAUUAACCUGCAUGCCGCCAAAAGUGACGAUAAAUAUGCCUUUUUCAGGGAAUCAGAGGAGACGGAGGAGAUAAGUGAGCACAAACUUGGAAUCGGCAGCGUCGAGCAUGAGUUGCAGGAGCAUCUCUCUGUCGCCGCUGAGAUCCUCAAGAGGAAAGAAGCGCGUUAUGCUACUGUUGCGGGCAUCGAAUACUUGAUCGAGGUCGAGAAUAGUUCACCUGCUAUUAAGCGUGUGCCUGCAUCUUGGGUGAAAGUAAGCGGUACCAAAAAGGUCUCAAGGUUCCACACUCCUGAAGUUAUCCAGCUACUGCGUCUCAGAGACCAGCACAAAGAAGCCCUGGCUGCGGCUUGUGAUCAAGCGUACAUGGCGCUUCUCAGCGACAUUUCGGCAAAUUACCAGUCUUUCCGGGACUGCGUACAGUCGCUUGCAAUCCUUGAUUGUCUAAUAUCGCUUUCAGUCAUUGCCAACCAGCCUGGCUAUGUGAAGCCUGAAUAUACGGACCACACAUGUAUCCAUGUUGAACAAGGUCGUCACCCUAUGGUUGAACAACUUCUGCUGGAUAGCUACGUUCCAAAUGAUAUCGCAUUGGACAGCGAUGAGACCCGCGCUCUCCUUGUGACGGGUCCAAACAUGGGUGGUAAAUCCAGCUAUGUACGACAGAUAGCGUUGAUUGCCAUCAUGGGACAGAUCGGGUCCUAUGUUCCUGCUCAGUCAGCUAAACUUGGCAUGUUGGAUGCUGUUUUUACCCGGAUGGGGGCAUUUGAUAAUAUGCUGGCGGGCGAAUCUACUUUCAUGGUCGAGCUUUCUGAAACGGCAGACAUCCUGAAGCAAGCGACGCCGCGUUCACUCGUUAUCUUGGACGAACUGGGCCGUGGUACAUCCACGCAUGAUGGCGUUGCAAUCGCGCAGGCGGUUCUCGAUUACAUGGUCAGGUCUAUACGCAGCCUUACCCUCUUCAUCACGCAUUAUCAACAUCUUGCUUCAGUAGUGCACUCGUUCCGCAACCACGAGCUUCGAAAUGUGCAUAUGCGGUUUACGGAGUCGGGAUCUGGGAAGGACGAAGAUAUUACCUUCCUUUACGAGGUUGGCGAAGGAGUGGCUCAUCGCAGUUACGGACUUAACGUUGCGCGGUUGGCGAAUCUGCCAAGGCCUUUGCUUGACGUUGCGAAGCAGAAGAGUGCCGAACUGGAGGCCAAGAUCCAACGCCGGAAACUGGCUGGUCUGGUGUCGGUGGUGGGAAAUGUCAUGGACGAUUCGUCCGAAACAAACCAAGCCUUGGUGGAGCGACUGAUCAACAGUGCGGAGCAAUUAUAG